ACUCUGCCAAAGCAAUCUCCCACACCCACCAUCAUGCAGUUCAAGACCCUCCUCCUCCUCCCCGCUCUUGCGGCCACCGCAACCGCCACGGUCCAGGUCGCCUUCAGCGGCUUCUACUACGAAGCCUGCGCCGCCCCCAGCGUCACCGCGACCACCUUUUUCGAGGGCUCCUGCGGUGGCGUCCAAAACAUCCCGCUCAAGUCCUUUACCGCGAGCAUCUACGCCGGUGCCUGUGAAGACAGCGCCACCACCCCGUUCGUCAAACUGUAUACCGAGUCCGGAUGUGUGGAGGACUCGUUCUAUGGAGAGUUUGAGGUCGCUGCUGAGGAAAGCUGCUUUGAGGUUGAGGGGACGUUCGAGGGGUAUGAGGUUGUUUGUCAGUGAUAGGCGGGUGAGAGAUGUUGGAUCCAUGGAGGAGGCUUGUACUUGGUCCAUGUGUCUGAAACUCGGAGCAUUUUUGCUUCAAGUUAAAUAGGGCAGUCUCGCGAUUCUCUAGAACAGAAACAUAAACUUCGACCGAGGACCGAAUAUGUAUACGGACGAGUUUACAGGAAGAUUCUCCAUGACAAUAUAAAACUACACAUUCCCAGGUGUCUGUAU